AGGCGGCGGGAGGCGGAGGAGGCGGCGGCGGCGAUGGAGGUGAAGCGGCUGAAAGUGACCGAGCUGCGGUCGGAGCUGCAGCGGCGGGGCCUGGAUUCGCGCGGCCUCAAAAUGGAUCUAGCGCAGCGGCUUCAGGAGGCACUGGAUGCUGAGAUGCUGGAGGACGAGGCCGGCGGUGGUGGGGCCGGGCCCGGCGGGGCCUGCAAGGCGGAGCCUCGGCCUGUGGCCGCGUCGGGCGGAGGCCCGGGCGGGGACGACGACGACGAGGACGACGACGAAGAAGAGGAGGACGAGGAGGCGCUGCUUGAGGACGAAGACGAGGAGCCACCUCCCGCUCAGGCUUUGGACCAGGCCGCGCAGCCGCCUCCGGAACCUCCGGAGGCGUCAGCCAUGGAGGCCGAGCCCGAAGCUUCCGACACACCGGCGGAGGCCACGGCCGGGUCAGGUGGAGUAAAUGGUGGCGAAGAGCAUGACAGCGCCAAGGGGGAGGAAGACGGGCCGGAGGAACGGAGCGGAGACGAGACGCCGGGAUCCGAGCCACCGGGUGACAAGGCCACCACGGAGGAACAAGGAGAUGACCAAGAUAGUGACAAGUCAAAACCAGCAGGCUCAGAUGGUGAGCGGCGGGGGGUAAAGAGACAGCGGGAUGAGAAGGAUGAACAUGGCCGAGCUUACUAUGAAUUCCGAGAGGAGGCUUACCACAGCCGCUCAAAGUCCCCACCACCUCCAGAAGAAGAAGCAAAAGACGAAGAGGAGGAUCAGACACUUGUGAACCUGGACACGUAUACCUCGGAUCUCCAUUUUCAAAUAAGCAAAGACCGAUAUGGAGGCCAGCCACUUUUCUCAGAAAAAUUCCCUACCCUUUGGUCUGGGGCAAGAAGUACUUAUGGAAUAACAAAAGGAAAAGUAUGCUUUGAGGCCAAGGUAACUCAGAAUCUGCCGAUGAAAGAAGGCUGCGCGGAAGUUUCUCUGCUUCGGGUUGGGUGGUCUGUUGAUUCUUCCUGUCCACAGCUUGGUGAAGAUGAAUUCUCUUAUGGUUUUGAUGGACGAGGACUCAAGGCAGAGAAUGGGCAUUUUGAGGAAUUUGGCCAGACUUUUGGGGAGAAUGAUGUCAUUGGCUGUUUUGCUAAUUUUGAGACUGAAGAAGUCGAGCUUUCCUUCUCUAAGAAUGGGGAAGACCUGGGUGUGGCGUUCCGGAUUAGUAAGGAAUCUCUGGCAGAUCGAGCCCUUCUACCCCAUGUCCUCUGCAAGAAUUGUGUUGUAGAAUUAAACUUUGGUCAGAAGGAAGAGCCAUUUUUUCCACCACCACAAGAGUUUGUGUUCAUCCAUGCAGUGCCUGUUGACGAGCGUGUGCGGACUGCAGUCCCUCCUAAGACCAUAGAGGAGUGUGAGGUGAUUCUGAUGGUGGGACUUCCUGGAUCUGGAAAGACCCAGUGGGCACUGAAAUAUGCAAAGGAAAACCCUGAGAAAAGAUAUAAUGUCCUGGGAGCUGAGAGUGUGCUCAAUCAAAUGAAGAUGAAGGGGCUCGAAGAGCCAGAGAUGGACCCCAAAAGCCGAGACCUCUUAGUUCAGCAAGCCUCCCAGUGCCUUAGUAAGCUGGUCCAGAUUGCUUCCCGAUCAAAGAGGAACUUCAUUCUUGAUCAGUGUAACGUGUACAACUCUGGCCAGCGAAGGAAGUUGUUGCUGUUCAAGGCCUUCUCUAGGAGAGUGGUGGUCGUCGUCCCUACGGAGGAGGACUGGAAGAAGAGGCUGGAGUUGAGGAAGGAAGUGGAGGGAGAGGACGUGCCUGAGUCUAUAAUGCUGGAGAUGAAAGCCAACUUCUCUCUGCCUGAGAAAUGCGACUAUAUGGAUGAGGUGACAUAUGGGGAGCUGGAAAAAGAAGAAGCUCAACCCAUUGUUACUAAAUACAAGGAGGAAGCAAGGAAGCUGCUGCCCCCCUCUGAGAAGCGGGCAAACCGACGGAACAAUCGCAACAAGAGAAACAGGCAGAACCGAAGCCGUGGCCAAGGCUAUGUGGGCGGGCAGCGCCGAGGCUACGACAACCGGGCCUACGGGCAGCAGUACUGGGGGCAGUCUGGAAACAGAGGGGGCUACCGUAAUUUCUAUGAUCGAUACAGGGGUGACUAUGAACGAUUCUACAGUCGAGAUUAUGAGUACAACAGAUACAGAGACUAUUACAGACAAUACAACCGGGAUUGGCAGAAUUACUACUACCACCACCAACAGGACAGAGACCGAUACUACAGGAAUUACUACGGUUACCAAGGGUAUCGGUGAAGCCCGUGCUGUUUUCGCCUGUCAGCCGUGAAGCUGAGUCUCUGGGGGUGCCAGGCACCCCAAAAAACACAACCAAGGAAAACGGGCUGUCGGGGUGGGGCUGAGCUGCC